CACAGUAAAAGGUAAAAAAACGGCAAAACACGCGAAGAUGGCUGUAAUGCAGUCUUGUUGCUUUUGGAAGACGGUGCGUACCGGCAGCAUGGCAAGCGCCACAUACACUUUGGUGUACUUUGGUUUCUGCACUGUUGUUAUGCUCAUUACCGUUUACGACGAACAGGAGUUUCUCGCUGGCAGCAGAGAGCAGCCAUUAGGGGAAAGCAUCUUGGCUAAGGGAGAGAUAACACCGGCUAUUGUCGUAUUUAAUAUUCUCUUCCUUAUUUGUUCCUUCUUCAUUGUCAUAUCAUCGCUCUUAACGUUCGUUGGACUAAAACAGAAUCGUCGUCAACUGCUGCUACCCUGGAUUAUUUUCAUGCUUUGCGAUGUGCUCAUUGAAAUUGUUCAUUUGGUCUAUCUGUCAUUUACGCAAAUGGUGAACUUCGAUCCCGUUGUCGGCUUUAUAUUCACCAUCGACUUUUUUAUAAUGUGUCUAAAUUCUUACUGUCUGCUGUGCGUGAUAUCGCAAUAUCAAAAUUACAUGCAAGGACUUGGUUGCGGGAAUCCACAGAUACGGACCGAAGUGGUGAUACAACCAACUGAUGGGGGAGUUGGCGCGAAUCAGAGUUAUUUGCGUGCAGCGAAGAUACAAAAAUCCAUCGUCAGUCCUUACAUAACAACAAAUCCACACACGCAUAUAUCGACGAUACAUGAGGAGACGGAACAAAAUCAUAAAAUUGCUACGGAUUCAGGUAACAAUGGUUCUCGGGACUUUGGUUGUUUGUAA